UUCAGUGAUCGCCAUUUCCUGGUUCGACCUUCGCGUAUAAAUGAGAAAGGGUGAAGAGUCAGAGUUCGUCAGAGAACAGGAACCCAAUGAUACCCAUAUGCCCAGUUGUCUCCUUCACCUAUGUGCCCAGCCGGCUAGGUGAAGAUGCCAAAAUGGCUACCAGCAACUACUUUGGCUUUACCCAUGGUGGUGCUGCGCAGUACAGCCAGCAGCCAGCAGCUGGGGUAGCCUAUUCCCACCCAACAACAGUGGCCAGCUAUACUGUGCAUCCGUCGCCGGUUGCCGCACACACUGUGACGGCAGCCUACGCCCCGGCUGCUGCCACUGUUGCUGUGGCCAGACCUGCCGUGGCUGCCACUGCUGCAGCUUACGGAGGGUACCAGCCAGCACACACUGCUGCGGACUAUGGCUACGCACAGAGACAGCAGGAAAUGCCACCACCACCACCUCCGGCCACAUCGCAGAAUUACCAGGAUUCCUAUUCCUAUGUGAGGUCCACAGCUCCGGCUGUAGCCUAUGACAGUAAGCAGUACUACCAGCAGCCUACUGCCACGGCGGCUGUGGCUGCGGCAGCUGCUCAACCACAGCCUACUGUAUCAGAUUCCUACUAUCAGACAGGUACGCUUAACACAGCCUGGGAUUCGUCAUGGAAGAAAAGUCUCCAAGCACCUAAAACAGGAUACAGCCAAGGUGCAACACAGUACACCCAAGCCCAGCAAACUCGACAAGUGACAGCAAUAAAACCAGCCACUCCUAGUCCUGCAACCACCACCUUCUCAAUAUACCCUGUAUCUUCAGCUGUGCAGCAAGUGGCCGCUGCAGCAGUGCCCUCCUACUCCCAGAGCCCCACCUACAGCACAACAGCUGUUACUUACUCUGGCACAUCUUAUUCCGGGUAUGAAGCUGCAGUAUACUCGGCUGCAUCCUCUUACUACCAACAGCAGCAGCAACAGCAGCAGCAGCAACAAAAACAAGUGGCAGCGGCUGUAGCAGCUUCAGCAGCCUGGACAGGAAGCACAUUCACCAAGAAGACUCCGUUCCAGAACAAGCAGCUCAAACCAAAACAACCCCCGAAACCACCCCAGAUACAUUACUGUGACGUCUGCAAGAUCAGCUGUGCAGGGCCUCAGACUUAUAAAGAACAUCUAGAGGGGCAGAAGCACAAGAAAAAAGAAGCAGCUUUGAAAGCGUCCCAGAGCAGCAGCAGCAGCACCAGCACCACCAGUGGCAGCUCUGCCCGUGGAACCCAGAACCAGCUGCGCUGUGAGCUCUGCGAUGUCUCCUGCACUGGGGCCGAUGCGUACGCAGCUCACAUCCGGGGAGCAAAACACCAGAAGGUGGUUAAAUUACACACCAAGCUUGGCAAGCCCAUUCCUUCGACCGAGCCCAGUAUGGUAACCCAGACUUCGACCUCUGCAGCUUCCAGUAAGCCAGCAGGUCCAGCCACGGCCAGCGGAACCAUCAGUACUACUUCUGCUGCCUCCUCCAGCACUUCGUCAUACUUGAAACCUGUCAAUAUAGUGAGCAGUGGGGUACCGAACAAAACCACUGCCUCUGCUGCUGCUGCUGCAUCCACAGUCAGUGCUUCCACUGUGAAGAAAAUAGCUGCACCAAAGAUCAAUUUUGUGGGAGGUAACAGAUUACAGACUACUGGUGCUAAAAUGGAGGAGAUUAAAAACGAUGGUGCAAAGUCAGUGCAGCCUGUGAUGCACGCCACCCAAACACAGGAGAUGAAGGUUGACGUGGCACCGGAGCCAGUUUCAACACAGGCUACACUUGCUGCUUUACAAAGUGAUGUGCAGCCUGUUGGACAUGACUAUGUGGAAGAGGUUCGAAAUGAUGAGGGCAAAGUGAUCAGAUUCCAUUGUAAGUUGUGUGAAUGUAGCUUCAAUGAUCCAAAUGCAAAGGAGAUGCAUCUGAAGGGAAGGAGGCACAGACUACAGUACAAGAAAAAAGUAAAUCCAGAACUGCAAGUGGAAGUGAAGCCCAGCAUCCGAGCCAGGAAGAUCCAGGAGGAGAAGAUGAGGAAACAAAUGCAGAAGGAGGAAUACUGGAGGAGACGUGAGGAAGAGGAGCGCUGGAGAAUGGAAAUGAGGCGAUAUGAGGAGGACAUGUACUGGCGCCGGAUGGAAGAGGAGCAGCACCACUGGGAUGAGCGCCGCAGGAUGCCAGAUGGGGGAUAUCCACAGGGACCCCCUGCUCCCCCAGGCCUGCUGGGAGUCCGACCAGGCAUGCCCAUUCCUCAGCCACAGGGACCAGUGCCCCCUCGGCGCCCAGACUCGUCGGAUGACCGUUAUGUAAUGACCAAACACGCUGCUAUUUAUCCAGUGGAAGAGGAACUGCAGGCUAUCCAGAAAAUAGUGUCCAUCACCGAGCGUGCUCUCAAACUGGUGUCGGACAUUAUUACUGAUCAGGAUAAUAAGACCAAGGAAGAUGAGAAGAACGAUGCCCAGAGAGACAGGUACACCGGAGCAAAGGCUCUGAAGGGUGUCAUGCGUGUGGGAGUGCUGGCUAAAGGACUGCUGUUAAAGGGAGACAAGAACGUCAACCUGGUCCUCUUGUGCUCAGAGAAACCCAACAGCAAUCUUCUGACCCGCAUCGUGGAGAACCUCCCUAAACAGCUUGCGCUGGUCACACCAGAGAAAUACGAGGUCAAGGGUUCUAAUGAAGAAGCCGCCAUCAUCCUGACUUCCUGCGUCGAGCCUAGAAUGCAGGUGAUCAUCACCCUGACGUCCCCAAUCAUCAGAGAGGAGAACGCACGCGACGGAGAUGUACCCUCGGGUAUGGUGAAAGACCCAGCGGACGUCUUGGACAGGCAAAAAUGCCUUGACGCUCUGGCUGCUCUCCGCCACGCUAAGUGGUUCCAGGCUAGAGCCAAUGGACUGCAGUCGUGCGUGAUUAUUAUCCGCAUUCUACGGGACCUUUGUCAGCGUGUCCCGACCUGGGCUGCGUUCCCAAGCUGGGCUAUGGAGCUACUUGUGGAGAAAGCUAUAAGCAGUGCUGCUGGACCCCUGAGCCCAGGAGAUGCGUUGAGAAGAGUUUUUGAAUGUAUUUCUUCUGGGAUACUGCUUCCAGGUGGUCCAGGUCUGGUAGACCCCUGUGAGAAGAAUCCCACUGAUACACUAACGUCAGUGUCCGAGCAGCAGCGGGAGGACAUUACCUCCAGUGCGCAGUUUGCUCUGAGAUUGCUAGCAUUCCGGCAGAUCCACAAAGUCCUGGGAAUGGACCCCUUGCCGCAGAUGAACCCGCGCUUCAGCGUCCGCAACACCCGGAAGAGGAGGCGGGACAACAGCGACGGCGUGGACGGGUUUGAAGGAGAGGGAAAGAAGGACAAGAAAGAUUACGACAACUAUUAGGAGUAGCAUUGAGCCACCUUUCUUGCCCAACACACAUUUAAACUACAGUGUCUACAUAGAAUUUAUUUUGCUUUUAAUUGUUCGUUUUUUUUUUUAUUGUGUGCUAUCUGUAUUACAGUAACACAGCAAACAGGAGUGUGACUCGCCCAACUAAACAGACAGAAUUGGGUAUUGCAGAAUGAAAAUGAGCCCAUCUGCAGGCCUGCACCCAGUUCAGGUGAAAACCAUUUUGUUUGGGUUCUUCACCGUAGCCCACUAAUCAUGCCUCUGCAUUCCCAUUGUCUGGACACCAUGUCCUUUUGAUGGUGGCUCACCUUUGCAAAUAACUUCCUUAUGUUAUUGUGUAGAGUUGUGUUUUACCACUUAAAAUAUUGAGAUACAAAUAAGCCCUAUAAACACACCAGUGCAACAUGAGCUGUUGGUGGUGGUUGAACCCACCUAAAUGAGUGGUGUAAGAAGAAAUGUUUUAUUUUUUAAGUUUAGGAAAAAUACUUCAUUUUUCAAGACGCCACAAAUACUACUUUAGUAGGGUGUGUUUUUUUCUUUUUUUUUUUAAAUCUUGUAAUUUUAAGUCAAGUGGUCGUCUUCCUUUGCACAUUGCAAAGUGUGUGUAGUUGAACGUAGCUUUAACAUUUGGGCUAAAAAUUGCUUACAGUUUCAAGGUCAGAUUUUUGUUUUUGGUAGUGAAUUUAUUCAAAAAAAAAAAAAAAAUAGGUCUAAUAUAUAUAGUCUUGCAAUAGAUGUUACAAAGCGUAGUUUGUUGGCACCCUUUUAUGACCUAAACAAAACUUGCAUGACUGUUCAUUUUGUUCUUGUAUUUUGGCUUUUUAAAGCUUGAUGGUUUUAUUUCCUAAUUUUGAAGUUUAAUGCAAAGCUCUCCACCUUGCUUUAAGACUUGCAUAGUACCUUUAAAAGAAAAAAAUAAAUAUCUUGUGUGCCCGUGACAUUGGAGUGUCACUGUAGUGCUGUAUUUGCUGUUGAAUGUAAAUCCAUCCUCUCCUCUGAUGCUUGUUAGUCCCUGUCAAAGUACUACUGCAUUACAAUGGGCAAAUAAACCUUUCAAAAGAAGAAAA